AUGUUCAUUUUGAAAAGGGCCUUUUCCAGAUUUAUUAACCACAAUACAUCAAGAAAGAGUGUAAGGAAAAAUUUACAUAAAAAUGUAGCACAAUAUAAAUAUAAUUCAGCAAAUAAUAAUGUCAUGGAUCAAAAUGAUAAUAACAGAAUAAGUAGACCACAAAGAGCAGGAGGUUUGCUCAAUACAUUUUAUGAAAGUUUUAUAUAUGGUUGUGGGUUUUUUUUAAGUAAUAGAUUACUAGAUCAAAUAUUUGGUCCACGUACUUAUGAUACCUAUAUAAAUAAUCAUGAAGAUCAUUAUAAUAAUGAACCCACAAAUAAUUAUUCCAAUGAUAAUAUGAAUACAUAUUCAAAUGAACACUUUGCAAAUAAUGACCCAACUAUUGAUGAUAAUGAUUUUCAACAAGAUAUUGGCCUGGAUGAUGACACAUUUGAUUUUUAA